AUGGCACAAAUGCAGACUACGACUUCGGGAAAUUUCAUUGAUCAAAAGCGACAGAAAAAUAUCGGAAAAGUGAGCACUGCAAACGUGAAAAUGUUUGGAGUUCACGGAAAAAAUGGUGUUAUUCAGUGAUGUCAAAAUAAUGGCAAAAAAUUGCGUAUUUUUCUGUUUUUUUUUGACAUCUCUGAGUAACCACAUUGUUCUAGAACGUUCUCCGAGCAAGGUUCGUGCAGAAAAAAGACACAGAUGACGAGAAAAACCAGAGUUGCCACGGGCCGGGCCGGGCCGGGCCAAAAUUUUCAAAACUCCGGCCCGGCCCGGUUGGCCCGGUUCAAAAAGCGGGAAUCCAAAUUUUGAACUAUUGAUUAAAUAAAAUGUUUGUUUUUCGUAGAACUAACGAAUUUUGCAAGUAUAAAAAAGAAAUGUAGCUCUCAAAAAUAGUUUUUAUUGGCAUCAAAGCAAAAGUUGUAAUUUUGAUCCCCGCAAAAAAAACGAAAAAAUAGAUUUCUCCCAAAAAUUUGAAUUCGCGCCUUUUUAGCCGGGCCGACCGGGCCGGGCCGGGCCAGCAAGUUCUCGGCCCGUAAUCUGGCAAGUCUGAGAAAAACAAUCGAACAUCAAUUGUUUCGUGUGAGCGCGGCCCGCCUUCUCCCAGCCUGCAGGCAUGCCUCCCCAAAGGCCAUUGCUAUAACUGGCGCGGUGGGAGAACGGAGUGUCGUUGAGAACAAAAACUUUUGAUCUCGGUCUCGCAGCGAUUUCGGGCAGAACCUUGCGGCAAGAAUCAGGAAAACAAGAAAACUGGACGGAAUUGCUGCUGAUUUUUCGGUUCCUCUCGUUUUGGCAACUCUUACGUUUCGCAACCUUCCAACGCUGACAUUCCGAAACUUUUUUUCUGAUAGUGUUCGGCGGCCGAAUUGCAAGCCCUGGUCGGAAAUACACUUUUUUCCACUGAUCAUCAAAACCAUUGGCGAAUGUUUGAUCGGACAUUAUAUUUACUUCCACCCGCGUUUUCGCCUCGCUGUAUUCGAUUUCACGCUCUCAAAAUUUACAUAAACCAAAUUCGCGCUAGUGCGAAAUUGCCAAAAACCUUCCUAUUUUGAAAAUAUCUAGAAAAAUGCGCCGACCGCGUCGAAGCGUCGGAGCUCUGUUCGUUCAUUUUUUUUUCAUUUUCCGUCUCCUCCGUCCCAUCAUCAUUAUUCUCUCCGUCGUCGCCACUGGGGGCAUAUGUGUCGCUCUUUUCCGCCGCGGUGCCAUCAUCAUUUGUGUCGGAGAAAAGAGAAGAGAAGAACACGUUUUCCAGUGAUUUUUGCGGUUUGUCCUACCUAUCCAUCGAUUUUUACUCGGAAAAUGCACUCUUGCUCUGCUCUUCAAACUUCAAACUCUUUGGAAACUGUACUGUUUUCUGUAGUUUUCCGGAAAAAUAGUGUCAGAAAAUCUAAAUGUGCCCUCUAAAAUUUGAGCCCAAUUUAUACAUUUUCUAAUUUUCUGUGUGCGCCUGCCUUGUAAUUUCAGCGUAACUUUGUGUUCAGUUUUCAUAAAACUUGCCUAGAAACUGAAAACUUCUGUAGUGUUCUGGAAUACUCUAGAAAACUCAUUGUAAACGUGUGAAAGCUUCAGUUUGCUGUUAAAAAACCACACAUUUUCCGCUCUAGACUUGUAAAUCUCGGCAAUUUAUCGUCUCGUACAAUGCGCGAAAUUCGACGAAAAUUAAUCAAAUUAGCAUGAAUAGAAGAUUUUGUGAGAUCUAAUUCCACUUUGACGACUAAACUGGAAGCUUUUUUCGAUUUCGUUUCAAUGUUUUGCCGAAAAAAAACCACAAAAAUAAUUGCAGAACACUACACGAAUUUCUUCCGGAUUGUACGAAGAAAUCGCGAGCCGCUGCGCAGAAUUUCGCAUAUUCGAGGCCAGCGAGAGGGAUAAGCGCGGAAAAAGCGCGAAAAGAGAGGGGACAAGAGACGGCGGGCAGCGGCGAGCCGACGAGAGAGCACUGGCGGAUACUGGAGACGCAGACGGAGAGGCAGAAGCCGAGAAGAGGAAGAAGAAGAAGGAGGAGGAGGAGGAGAGGGAGCAAGAGGGGGCAUGGUGGUUCAGACGCUGCGCAGACCGUGGCAAGAGGCGGCGUCGAGUGCUUUCGCCGUCGCCAGCGCCCUCCCGGUCACCAUGAACAGCAAUCAGAUUGCCGAGCUCUUCGAACAGGUACGCACCGUUUUUCUCGAUGACCUUGACACUUUUUCAGCUUUAAAGCUUGGAAAUUUCCCAGAAAUUUGACGCGCUCUCGUAGAACUUUAAAAAAAACGUAAUAAUUUGCAGGUGGAGCGAGGCAUCACCGAACUUCGAUGUCCACUAACAGCAGAAGUGACACAGCUCAGAAAUGCGGUUGGUUUUCAGUAGAACAAUUUUCAAUUUUCAUGAAACUCCUUCAGAAUGGCGAAUCCCUCCUAAUUGUGGCCGUCCGAGCCGGAAACACGUUGGUGGUGAAGCAGUUGGUCCAAUUGGAUCCGGACUCGAUCGACGAGACCGAUAAUGUGAGAAAAGCGAAAAUUGACUAAAUUACUAAUGUUUUUCUAUAGGAAGGCUGGAGCGCGCUGCUGAACGCCGCCCACGGCGGCCACAUCGACAUCAUCCGACUGCUAAUCGAUAACGGCGCCGCCGUGGACCAGCCGGAUCUGAUGGGAUGGAGCCCGCUCAUGUGGGCCGUCUACAAGAAUCAGCACGAUUGUGUCGACAUGCUGCUCAACGCAAAAGUGAGCCAUUUUCUCGCGGAUUUCAAGGGAGAAAUGCCAUGAAAUGCGAAUUCUGAGAAAUUUCUACCGAAAUUCGCAUUAAAACGUGGGAAAGCACGAGCAAUUUGAUUAAUUUCGACGAAAACCCAAUGAAAUUUGUUGCAGGCGCACGUGAAUUUGAUUGAUGAGGAGGACGGCCUGACGCCGUUGAUCGUGGCCUCGGGCCGCGGAUUCGGACAGAUUGUCGAGCGAUUAAUCGACGCCGAUUGUCAGGUUGGACACGCGCCGCUUGAUGAGAAUUUGUGAGAGAUCUCGAGUUUCAGGUGAACGCAUGCGACAAAUUCGGAAGUACGGCAUUGAUUUGGGCGGCCCGCAAGGGACACUUGCCCGUCGUUCAACUUCUACUCAAUUCCGGAGCCGAAGUGGAUGCGGUCGGAAUGGUACGCACACGCGUUCUGUAGAAUAUUGCCCUGAAAGUUGCUCUUACAGUACUCGUCGACGGCGUUGAUGCUGGCGACACGUGGCAACUACCUGCAAGUGGUGGACCUGCUGCUCACGCGCGAGCCCAACGUGAAUGUGGCCGAUCAGAACGGACUGACCGCUCUGGGAAUGGCCGCCCGUGACGGAUAUGCGGACAUUUGCGAGUCGCUCAUCAACUCGGGCGCCUUUGUGAAUCAGUGCGAUCGGUUAGUGUCGGUUUUUGGCAGACUUGUCGCAAAAACGGAUGACAACGAAAGUCUGCGCUUAAUUUAGAUUCGGAAAACUCUUUUCCCCUAAAAUUGCCCCGACUCUUCCAGAUUCGGCAACUGGAUUCUGACGUCGGCGGUGCGAAGCGGAAACGCGGCGAUCGUCCGGAUGGUGCUCGACAAGUUCGCCGACAUAAACUGUCAGGAUUCGGAAAAACGGACGCCCCUCCACCUGGCCAUCGACAAAUCCUUCAACGACAUCGCCUACAUUUUAUUGGAGCGAAAACCGAAUUUAGAGUUGAAAAACAAGGUACGUCGACAAAAUCAGUGA